AUGGAAGAAAAAAAUGAUCAAGCCUACAUUCCAACACAUUUAUCAACAUUGAAAUCUAUACGUGCUGAUUUAAUACGACGUUGUGAUCAAUUAGUUGCACGUUUAGAACAACAAACAAUGCCACAUUCUACAUUGAAUAUAAACGAAGAAUUGAAUGACAUCAGUGAGAGUUUAGUUUCACUCGCACAUAAACUUGAUGAUCCUGACUACUCCUACGCGACGACGACAAAUGACAAUCCGUCAUUAAUGAUGAUGAUGAUGAUGGGGAUGGAUAAAUUCGACAAACGAAUGCAUGAUUUACAAGAAAUUCAAAAUGAAUUCAUUUAUAUUGAAGGAAAUUUACAACGAUUAAAAUGUACCAUGACUACUACAACUACCUCAACUACUACAUCUAUGCCUUGUUGUUCUAAUGAGUUCAUCAAUAAAUUGAAUUGUAUUGAAGAAGAAUUAUAUGAUAUGCAAAUGAAUUUACAAAAUAAAAUUACAUAUUUAAAUAACUUUCAUGCAAAAUACACUCAUUUAAUGAAUACUUUUCAAAUAGAAUAUCAUUGGAUCAUGGAAAUAAUGAGACAAUUGGAAAUCGGCUUUGAUCAAGUUCACAAUGCAAUCACAAUACAAUCAGAAUUAAGCGAUUCACCGAUGAUGAAUAUUGAUUAUACGGGUACUACUAAUAAUACUACUACUAAUAAUCAUGGUCACUUACAACAAGAUCUUAUUGUAUUCUACAAUCUUAUUCACAUAUUAUCACAAUAUCAUUGUCAUAAACUUUUACCAUUAUUACAAGACUAUGAUCAAUUCAUUAAUGAUCAUCAUAUUAGACUAGAAGAAUUCGUUGCAUUUCUGUAUCAUAAUAAUAAUACUAAUCAUAAUCUACACUUACCUUUGAUGGUGUAUAAUUUAUGGAAUAAAUUAAUUCUAGAAUUAAUACCAAAGAAAUUGAAUGAAUUGAUCACUAGGUCGUAUGAACAAAUAAUUAAAAAUUUAUCACCAACUUUCAAUUAUCUACCAACUUUACAAUCAUUAUUUGACGCUUUAUUAUUGCCGAAUAAUAAUUUACCUGAGUCCAAUUCUCUUCAGUGUCAUGUAAAUAUCAUUUCAGAUCAUAUCAAUGCUAUACAAGGUGAAAUCAACUGGUUACAUCAAUACAUUCGACCAAUCAUUAUGAAUAAUGAAGAAGAUAGAAAUGGUUUAUAUACAGAUACUAUUACUAAUACUACUAUGGAGAUAAUCAGUAAUACUACUACCACUACUACUACCACUACUACUAAUAUUGAUGAUGACAGUAAUAUCAAUCGUCACAUUAUAAAAUAUCAUGAAAUCGAUCGAUGCUUAACACAAUUAUUGAAUUAUUUUAUACAAAUUUCUCAACAAUUAUCUUUAGUCUAUAUCCCAUCUAUGGAGAAAUAUUAUCAAUGCAUUAAUGAUGCAAUGAAUUAUUACACUACUACUAAUACAACAACAAUACAAUAUCAGUUGGAAUUAUUUCAAGAAUUAGCACUAUCUGUGAAUAAUAAUAAUAAUGAUAAUGAUGAUCACGUGGGGGAGGCUGAGGAGGAGGAUGAAGCGUGUGAAAAUGAUCAUUGCCAGAAUGCAGAACACGAGGAGAAUAUCGAGUGUAUUUUGAUUACAUAUGAAAAAUUAGAAACACUAUGUACUGCAAAAGAACAAUGUUUGGAAUUAUUGGAAACUGUUGAGAAUAAGCAUCGAAUCAUUAUGGAUGAACUUUUGAAUAUUGUGAAACAAUGUGACAUUUCAAUGAAUAAAAUAAUCAACUCCUCUGACAAUAAACAAAACUGUUCACUGACACAAACAAUGAGUACUGCUGGUAUUGCUACUACUACUAACAGUAGUAUUAGUAGUAGUAGUAGUUAUUUGUCAAAAUUUUUGGAUCCAAUCGAAUUGAUAUCGCAAAGAUUUUUGCAUUUUAUUACAGAAAUUCAAAAAGUUAUCUCAGAAUAUGAUGAGUUAAUUAGUCGUACAAAUAAACGAUUAAAACGAAUGCCUCAACAACAGCAACAGCAACUGUCUGUCAAUAAUAAUGAUAUGCUGAAUAAUACAUCGGUAAUUGCAUCAGACGCAUCUGAAUCGGAAAUGUUGUUGUUACAAGUUAGUAUUUUAUAUUUUUUGAAAAUAAUAACAGAUGAUUAUGUGCAUUUAGAGUUAAAUUAUGGGGAUUCACAUUUAUCAUCAAUUCAUGAUGAUCAAAAUGAUUUUAUCAAAGAAUUCGAUGAACAGUAUGAACAAUUAUUGAAUGAAUAUUACAUGAAUUCAUUGUCAAUUGCUAUUCACCAUCACCAUCACCAUCACCACCACGACCACCUAUCUAAUGUAGUAAACACUACAAAUUUACAAUACAGUACAAUGAUCAAUGCAAAACCACAAUUCGUUGUUGAUUUAUUGGAAAGAAUAGAUUGUUUAAAAAAUAAUCUUUUAUCAUCCCGUUGUCAAAUCAAAAAUGACGACCUAGUAAACAAUAGACUGAUUGAAAUCAACAAAUUACAUUCGGAUGUAGCGAAUAAAUUCACUGAAACACUUACAGAAAAUGAACAGCUACAUGUGAGCAGUAGUAGUGAACAAAUGGAAACUAUUCAAAUGGAAUUGAAUGCAUUGAAAUCAACAUUUAAACAAUCCAGUGAUUUCUUCCAACAUGAUAUUGCAAUCGCUGAGCAAAAUGAAGUGGAAUCAAAAACCAAUAUGUUGAAAACAUCUGCUGAAUUAUUGAAAAAACGAUUAAACGAAACCAUUAAAUUAAUUGAUAAACUUGAAAAAUUCACGGAUGAAAUCAAUACCACUGAUAUUUAUGAUUAUUUGUUGCGAUAUUUCAAAUUCGACAACCACAUUGACAAUAGAUUUCCAUUUGAAAUGCCUGAAUCAAAUCAUCUAUCCAUGUUAUUUAUGACAACUAUUCCAUUAUGGUAUAAACAAACUCAAUUAAAUGAUGAGAUUAUCGAUUUUUUGGAAUAUUUAACUAAUCAUCGUGAACAAUUAUCAUUUGGUUAUGAAAUGGCAGAACGUUUAAAUACAUGGUUAUCAAUCACACAUCCUAGAAUGAUUAGAUUAAAAAUGAAAUUACAACAAUUCAAUAUAAAAUUAACGAAUUCAACGAAUGACUAUGAUAGUCUUUGCUCACUUUUACAUGACGUAACAUUGUAUAGACUUGAACUAUUCACUUUACUACCAAUGUGUCAAUCUAUUCGUAAUGAUAUCAAUCAAUUCAAGAAUGUAAUGGUUCAUUUGAAUGAAAACCAAACAACAACAACACUCAUCGACAACGAUAACAACAACAAGGAUAAAAUAGAACAAAUCUUUUCUUUCAAUAAUUAUGAACAUGAAGCAUCACUGAACAAUCAUCAUUCAGUUAUUCAUCAUGUUGAACAACAAAUUAUGACAAUAAUAAAUGAUUGUAAAAAGCUGUUUACAGAAUCAUCUGUUUAUUUAUCAACUUUAAGAAUACAACUCAUUGAUGAUCCGCAUCACAUUCCAAUGGUAUUCAAUGAAUUGAUACAUUUGCUGAAUGAAUUCAAGUGUUGUUUCAAUGCAAAAUUUGUCAACACUUCGUCUGCUGAAGAAGCAUUUCCUAUAGACAAUAAUGAGACAAGUCACAAUUUAUCCAUUGUAGAAAAAAAUGUUAAUUUUCAUCAAAAUAACUAUUGGUCAAAAGUCAAUUGUAUAGAGAUAUGGUUUAAUGAAUUGAAUUCCAUGCAAAAUGUACUUGAUAUUAUUUCCAAUAGGCAUUGUUUAGUCAGUGCUACUAUUCAUAAUGAUAAUAAUAAUGAUACCGACAAAAUAGACAUUGAAAAUGAAGUAAAACAGCUCAAAUUGAAUAUUGAACAACAAUAUUGUAAUUUAACUAAAACGAAAAUUCAACUGACCAAUGAAAUAAAUCAGGAAAAGAAAUUACGCACUUCAUUGAUUACUUAUUCUACUUGGUUAACUCAAUCGAAUGAUAAAUUAAUUCAACUUGCUACACCGAAUCAUUUAAAUUUGAAUGAUACAAUGGAGGAGAAGGAGGAGGAGGAGAGUGCAUGGGAAGAGUUUAAAGAUUGGACUAUUAAAGCACAAAAUGACAGUCAAUUACAAUUGAUCAGUUUAAUCAAUCAAUUACCGGAUAAAAUAUUUUCCAAACUAUUUAAACAACAUCAAUCAUUAUUUACAAAUCUGGAUGAGUCUAUCAUUCAAAAAUUUAAUCAGUCCAAAUUAUUAUUAUUAUCAUUAUCAAGUGGGAAUUUGCCAACAUGCCAAACUGAUGUUGAUGAUGAUGUUGAUGCUGAUGCUGAUGAACAAAUUCAAUCGUGUUUGGAAUUACCUACUUUAUGUGUAUUACGAAAAUUUCACAAAUUCCAAAAACACAUCAACAAUGCCAACAGAUUAUGGCAUAUUUAUAUAAAAUCUAUACAAUAUUUUACAAGAAAUUUUAAACAAUUACAAUUAGUAGUACGAGAGAUACAAUUAGGUUUAGUGAAAUUGUAUCGACCAUCAAAAUUAGUUGGAUGUUGUACGCGACAAUUGAAUAGUGUUAAGAAUGCUAUUGAACAAUUGAAAACCUAUGAACAAUUAAUUGUGAAUCUUUACAAUUGUCUACCAAUAAUUAAAUCCAUUUGUCAUCCUGUUGCGGUAUCACAAACAAUAGCUACUAUUAGUACAAUGAAACAAAAUUUUACAAGUCUUAUGGGUCGUGCAAUAGAAAGACGAAAAAUUCUUAUGCAAGCAUUGAAGGAGGAUAUUAAAUUUAAUGUAGCUUACUAUAGUUUAUUAAAUUGGUUUUUAACGAAAUUAGAAAUAUUGGAAUCUUUUGAAAUCAAAACAAUCGAUAAUGGUGAUGAUGAGGAUGAUGGUGAAAGUAUUCAGUUAUCAAUGAAAACUUUACAUAAAGAAUAUCAACAACGACAAUCAGAUUUUCAUUUAGUCAUGAGACUUGGUGGUAAUCUACGUGAACGUUGUACAUGUACAGAUCCAGAAAAGAAUAUUUUAAAUGAGAUGCUUGAAAAACUUCAACUAGUCAAAGGAAAUUAUGGUAAACGUUUAUCUAAAUGUCAACUACAAAUCAACGCAUUAAUAAUAACAAAACAUAAUGCCAAAUCUGCUCUCUCCUCUUUCAAUAACUGGUUACAAAUGAUUGAAGAACAAUUAGGCCUUGAAAAUAAUAACUCAAAUGCUCAACAUACUACUACUGAUGCCAUUGUUGUUAGUAGUACCAGUAGUAGUAGUAGUUCAAUGAAACCAAAAGAAACCAAUCAUCAUCAAACUGACUUGGACACUACCAACCAUUUAUUCAUCACAUCAACGGAUAAUAAUAAUACUAGAGAAUUAUUAAGCAGUUCAACUAAUUCAACUGAUGAUGAUUAUCUGUGGCGUAAUUUCAGUUAUAAAGAAUAUGUAAACAUUGUAUCAGUAUUAGGUGAUUUGAUUUUUGUUCAAUCGUUGAAUUCAAAUCAUUCGAUAUUAAUUGAAGAUUUACAAGAACAUGAAAAAUUAUAUCAAAAACUUGUAACCAAUCAUCAUAACCAUGCUGAUGAACUCCGUCAACUUACAUAUCGUUUUAAACGAUUAAAACAAGCAUGUAAUCUACGAGGGAAAUGUCUUCAAAUAGCUGCCGAAAUAGCUUCACAAUUAAAUAUAAACUAUUCCAAUUUAACAAUAUGGUUAUUUGAAGCCAUAGAUCAAUUGAAUCACCAUAAAAUUGAACUCAAUUAUCAUGACGGCAAAAGAAAAUCAACGAUCCAAUCAAAACAAUCAUCAUCAUCAUCAUCGUUUAGCAACCAUUUCAAUGAUUAUUUGUACAAAAUAGGAUUGAAUUUGUAUGCAAGACUGCAUUAUCAACAAAUCCAUGUGUAUCGAUCAAUGUUCAAUCAAUUUGAAACUAUGAUAAAACAGGUCAUUGUGAAAUCGAAAUUCAAUCAAUACCAUCAUCAUCAUCCUGAUCAGCAGCAAGAAGAAGGAGAAGAUGAAGGAGAACACAGUGUUUUUUCGGUUUAUUGUGAUUCAAAAUGUCGACAACAAUUUCUUAAUCAAUAUAAACACAUUUUGAAUUUAUGGCAUAAACUUGAUCAAUCAUUACAAUGUUUACGUCUUCAAUUAUCAUUACAACAAGCAGAACUCUUUAAAAAUCUAACUGAAUUUGAAUUGGAAGAACAAUGGAUUGCUGAAGAAACAAUAAAAUUCAAUAAAUCUUUAACAAGAAGAGAUGAGGCAAUUUUACAGAAUCAAUUUAAACAAACCAUUCCAAAUGGUUCCUCCAACAGGUCAAUUGUCAAUAAAGAUAGUCAGUUAUUACAGAAUAAUAAUAAUAAUAAUGUUAGUAUGAGUAUGAGUACUCAUAGUCAUCAUAGUUUAUCAACUUUGAACUCUGAAAUGGAUCAUACUGACCUGCCACAGUUAAUAAUGACAAGUUCUACAUUGAAAGAAUUCAUUGAUACUGAUAAUGAUCAUAAAGAUGUUGAUGAUGACGAUGACCGCAAUCAUGAUGAUGAUGAUGAUGAUGAUGUUGCCGAUUACAAUGAUUAUGAUGUUGUUGUUGAUGAUGACGGUGAAUUAUGUAAAGAUUUAGAGCAACGAAUUACUAUGGCAAAAGAAAAUUUUGAAAUUUUAAAAAAUAGAGAAUCGAAACUAUCUCAUUGUAUCAAUGCAUAUCAGCAGUUUUGUGCAAUCAUUGCUUUUAAUCAUGAUGAAAACAAUAGUGUUUGUGAAAAGAACUCUUCAUCAAAGACCGAGUUGGCUACGAAUCAAAGCCAUCAUGCUGAUGUUGAUGAUGAUGAGCGUGAUGAUGAGUAUCGUUACGCGUCGUCAGCCAUCAUCAAUCCUAUUGAUUGGCGGCAGUAUAAUGAUGAUAGAGCGAACCAAUUGAAAAUUGCUUAUUACAACCUAUUGAAUCGAUCUAGUCAACAUAUUCAACAAUUGGAAUGUUAUCACAACAAAUUAAUUGAGCAUAAUCUUUACUCUAAUUUCAAUUUUGAUCAAUGGAAACAAGAUUUCUUACAAUGGAUAGCGAAUCGUCAUUAUCGACUCAGUGAUAUAUUUAAUCCUAAACAUGUAUCAGCAACAUUACGAACUAUUGAUAAACAACACCACCAACAACAGCCAAUCAAUAAUAUACAUCAAAAAAACGCCAAUUUAUCCAAAUCUUUAAUACCAUUAUCUAAUAAAUCUCAAUUAUCCAACAGUCGUUCAUCUGUCAACCUCCUCUAUUCAAGUAAAGAAUCAUUAUCACACAAGCAACAUCAUGAUGCUAUCAGUAAACAAAAAAUCCCACCAGAUGACUUGAUGAUGAAUUGUUCACAAUUUAUUCAAACAAUUCUACAACAUGGUGUAACUAGUGAUCGCGGUGGUGAUCGUGGUGAUCGUCGAUCAACACAAGAUGAUAGUUGGGCAAAUCCUAUUUUGCUUAAAUUUGCAUUUCAUACAAUUGAUCAAGCUAAUAAAGGUUUGGUUACAUGUCAACAAGUUCUAGAUGCAUUGAAUUCAAAAAAAGCUCAGAAAAAACCAUUGGAAACGCAUCAGCUAAUUGAACAUGCUAUCAAACAAGAAACUAGUAAAUGUAUUUGUCAAACAAAAUUUCAACCAAGAAAAAUUGCGAAAGAUCGAUAUUGUUUUGGUUCCAGUUCACGAGUAUAUUUGGUUCGUUUUUUGAAUAGUACAACAAUUGUACGAGUAGUUACUCAUAAAACUAAUCACCAUUUUGGUAAUAGUACACCAAUAAGAAUCAAUCCCGUCAAUACAGCGCUAUCCAAUUCAAAAAUAUCAUCAUCAUCAACAUCAUCGUUCUCCUCCACGUCUACUACAAAACAUCAAAGUCAUUUAGGUUUGAUUAAUGUCACGCCAAUUAAUAGAAAAUCUUACAAUACUCCGACUACUCCAACUACUACUACAUUGAACAAUCAUAGUGUUAAUUCAAAAGAUGGCAAGACAGUUUUAUCCACAACAACAACAACAACAACAACGACAAGUGAACACUGUGAAAAACACUCAUCGUUGAAUUCCAUGAACAACAACAAAAGACCGCCAUCAAUUCAUCAUAAUGAUACUUCAUCAUCAUCAUCAUCAUCAUUGAUGAAACAAAAAACGAAUUCAUCUAAAACCAACAUCCCGAUGUACAACACCAAUGUCAACACAACAACAACAGCCACAACCACCACCACCACCACCGUUGAAACAAGUACUCACAAAAGAAAAACAAAUAAAUGAUCAGUUCGUUGUUUACGUGUCAAUCAUCAGAGACACCGAACCCGGAUGACAUCAUCACAACAGCAACAACAACAGCACCGACAACAAUUUUUUUAUUGCUUAACUCUUCGAUGCAAUGAGAAACACUUUGCGUUUUGCUUUGCUUAUUGCUUUCUUGUUUAUUCAAGGUUUUGUCUUGUAUUGUCCUUUUUUCUCUUUGCUCCCCCCCUAUGAGGUGUAAGUUCAGUGUUUUUUGAAAGGAAAGGCUUACUUACUUACUUACUUACUUAUUUAUUUACUUACUUGCUUACAAUUGUGUGUGUACACUCAUCAAUUUUUUUUUAUUGUUUAGGCAUCAUUUACUCGUUUCUUUAUUCUUCUUAUUCUUAAUCUUAUUUUGUGAAGUUUAUUGUCUUUUUUUUUCCCGAAUGUUUGUGCUUUUUUUUUUACCUGACAGAAGAAAUCAUUUUUCUAAUACAAUUUUUUUCUAUUUUACAAAAUAAAAUUUUUUUCUACAAA